UAGAAUUUGAGAAGUAAAAGCAAAAGGAACAAGAGACACAGAGGGAGUCCCAGAGCACCAUUAACGAAGAAACUGGACAUUAUCAGCAACUACAGGAACAGCUAAAGCUGCCUCUCUGCCCUACAUACCCAGCAACUCUCCCAAGUAUAGAAGCCAGCCUAACAUGUCGCAUCAGCAAAUCGGAAUCCUGGGGAAGGAGGAUUUUGUGGAACCAGUGCUGGGAUCUAAGCUGCUCCCGAAAAUACUCUCAGUCAACAAAUAUGAGAGCAGGGGACCUCCAGAUCCAAGGGAUAUUGACAUGCAAAGUAAAUCCAAAAGGUACCUGAGCUUUAAGGAUGUGUUUUAUAUGUUCCAUUUUAAAUCACCGCAAAAUAAUCUGGCCAAUGCAGGUUUCUACUAUGUGGGCCCCGAGGACCGUGUGCGGUGUUUUUCGUGUGGGGGUCAGUUUGAGAUGUGGGAGCAAUGGGAUUUUCCUCUCACCCGUCACCAACAAACCUUCCCUGAAUGCCCCUAUCUGCAGGAGCUGAAAGCCAAGGGGGAAUGGAAAGAUUGUCACUAUGAGCCAGGCCUGGGCUCCAACGUAUUAAUGGGGAAACCCCUUGGGGACCUGAGUGAUGAGCGUCGCAGGUUGGAGACUUUCCGGGGGCACAGUGGACUUUUCCCAUAUAACAGGCAGCUGAUAAUGAUGGCCCAGGCAGGAUUCUUUUAUGUGGGACCUGGGGACCUAGUAAAAUGCUUCAUUUGUGGGGGGGAAUUAGGUCAAUGGGAGAGCUGGGAUGUGCCCCUCACCCGACACCAACACUCAUUCCCUGGCUGCCUCUAUGUGCAAAAGCUAGCAGCUGAAGGGGCUGGGAUACAGAAUCAGAAACAGGGCCAUACGGGGUUUAGUAGAGUGAAAUUUUUGGCAAUUCAUUCCCCCAACAUUGUGGGGAAGAAAUCCCUUGAUGAUAUGACCAACCUGUAUAGCAGGGCAGAUACUUACCGGGGGCACCAUAAACAUUUCUUACCCUAUAUGAAAGUGUGGGACAUGGCUCAGGCAGGGUUCUACUAUGUGGGACCUGGGGACCUAGUAAAAUGCUUCAUUUGUGGGGGGGAAUUAGAUCAAUGGGAGAGCUGGGAUGAGCCCCUCACCCGGCACCAACACUCCUUCCCUGAUUGUGCCUAUGUCCAGGAACAGAGGGCCCAGACCACUGGCACACAAGAUCAGUCCCAGGUGUGCCCAAUGCCAAUUAAAGAAGGGGAAAGUGGGAUACCAGCACACUAUAGUGGCUCCCACAACCCAGGGGAGAAACCCCUGGGGGAUAUGAAUGAUGAGUACAGUAGGUUAGAGACCUACAGGGGGCACAGUCAGUAUUUCCCUAUGGCAAAUCAGAGGAAGUUGGCGCAAGCAGGAUUCUACUAUGUGGGUCCUGGGGACCGGGUGCGGUGCAUCUCCUGUGGGGGGGAAUUAGAGAAGUGGGAGCGAUGGGAUGUACCCCUCACCCGGCACCAACACUCUUUCCCUCACUGCCCCUAUAUGCAGAAGCUGAGAGACAAGGGGAAUGGGAAAGAGAAUCAGUCCAAGGUGUGCGCAGGGCCCAUUAAAGAAGGGGAAAGUGGAACAACAGUGCCCCUCAGCAGCUCCAGUAACCUGGAGGAGAAACCCUGUGGGUACAUGAGUGAUGAAUACAGCAGGUUACAAUCCUACAGGGGGCACGGUCAGCAUUUUAGAAUCCUGGGAAAGGAGGAAUUUGUGGAACCAGUGCUGCGAACUAAGCUGUUCCCGAUUAUACUCUCAGUCAACAAAUAUGAGAGCAGGGGGCCUCCAGAUCCAAGGGAUAUUGACAUGCAAAGUAAAUCCAAAAGGUACCUGAGCUUUAAGGAUGUGUUUUAUAUGUUCCAUUUUAAAUCACCGCAAAAUAAGCUGGCCAAUGCAGGUUUCUACUAUGUGGGCCCCAGGGACCGUGUGCGGUGUUUUUCGUGUGGGGGUCAGUUGGAGAUGUGGGAGCCCUGGGAUUUUCCUCUCACCCGUCACCAACAAACCUUCCCUGAAUGCCCCUAUCUGCAGGAGCUGAAAGCCAAGGGGGAAUGGAAAGAUUAUCACUACGAGCCAGGCCUGGGCUCCAACGUAUUAAUGGGGAAACCCCUUGGGGACCUGAGUGAUGAGCGUCGCAGGUUGGAGACUUUCCGGGGGCACAGUGGACUUUUCCCAUAUUACGGGCAGCUGAUAAUGAUGGUCCUGGCAGGAUUCUUUUAUGUGGGACCUAGGGACCUAGUAAAAUGCUUCAUUUGUGGGGGGGAAUUAGGUCAAUGGGAGAGCUGGGAUGUGCCCCUCACCCGGCACCAACACUCAUUCCCUGGCUGCCUCUAUGUGCAAAAGCUAGCAGCUGAAGGGGCUGGGAUACAGAAUCAGAAACAGGGCCAUACGGGGUUUAGUAGAGUGAAAUUUUUGAUAAUUGGGUCCCCCAACAUUCUGGGGAAGAAAUCCCAUGAUGAUAUGACCAACAUGUAUAGCAGGGCAGAGACUUACCGGGGGCACCAUAAACAUUUCUUACCCUAUAUGAAAGAGUGGGACUUGGCCCAGGCAGGGUUCUACUAUGUGGGACCUAGGGACCUAGUAAAAUGCUUCAUUUGUGGGGGGGAAUUAGAUCAAUGGGAGAGCUGGGAUGAGCCCCUCACCCGGCACCAACACUCAUUCCCUGGAUGCCUCUAUGUGCAAAAGCUAGCAGCUGAAGGGGCUGGGAUACAGAAUCAGAAACAGGGCCAUACGGGGUUUAGUAGAGUGAAAUCUUUGACAAUUGAGUCCCCCAACAUGUAUAGCAGGGCAGAUACUUACCGGAGGCAACAUUUCCCCUAUAUGAAAGAGUGGGACUUGGCCCAGGCAGGGUUCUACUAUGUGGGACCUGGGGACCUAGUAAAAUGCUUCAUUUGUGGGGGGGAAUUAGAUAAGUGGGAGAGAUGGGAUGAGCCCCUCACCCGGCACCAAAACUCCUUCCCUGAUUGUGCCUAUGUCCAGGAACAGAGGGCCCAGACCACUGGCACACAAGAUCAGUCCCAGGUGUGCCCAAUGCCAAUUAAAGAAGGGGAAAGUGGGAUACCAGCACACUAUAGUGGCUCCCACAACCCAGGGGAGAAACCCCUGGGGGAUAUGAAUGAUGAGUACAGUAGGUUAGAGACCUACAGGGGGCACAGUCAGUAUUUCCCUAUGGCAAACCAGAGGAAGUUGGCGCAAGCAGGAUUCUCCUAUGUGGGUCCUGGGGACCGGGUGCGGUGCAUCUCCUGUGGGGGGGAAUUAGAGAAGUGGGAGCGAUGGGAUGUACCCCUCACCCGGCACCAACACUCUUUCCCUCACUGCCCCUAUAUACAGAAGCUGAGAGACGAGGGGGAUGGGAAAGAGAAUCAGUCCAAGGUGUGCGCAGGAAUCAUUAAAAAAGGGGAAAGUGGAACAACAGUGCCCCUCAGCAGCUCCAGUAACCUGGAGGAGAAACCCUGUGGGUACAUGAGUGAUGAAUACAGCAGGUUAGAAUCCUACAGGGGGCACGGUCAGCAUUUUAUAUAUUGGAACCAACAGGGCUUGGCUAAGGCAGGUUUCUACUAUGUGGGGCCCAAGGACCGGGUGCGAUGUUAUUCCUGUGGGGGGGAGUUGGAGAACUGGGAGUUCUGGUAUGCUCCCCCCAUUCAGGACCAACGCUCACCUUCUGACUGCCUACAUCUACGUGAAUUGUUCCUCAGCACAACAUUUAUGGUAGGAAAACAGGUUAUAUUGGGUAUGCUAGACCCCAGCAUCCCGCUGCUGAGACCCCUUGGAGAAGUGAGUGAAAUAAGCAUCAGAAUAGAAAGUUAUAAUGUUGCCAAGAAGCAUUUCCCCUAUCAAACUUCUGAUAAAUUGGCUUGGGCAGGGUUCUUCUAUGUGGGACCCGGAGACCGUGUGCGGUGCUUCUCCUGUGGGGGGGAAGUGGAUAACUGGGAGCCUGGGGAUGUGCCCCUCACAAGGCACCAACUUUUCUUCCCUCACUGCUCCUAUGUACAGGGCCUCUCCAUCAGACACAGCUACUUUAUGGAAGAAGGAGUUGGACCGGGUUUUCUGGACACCAACAUCCUGGGGAAGGAAGCCCUUCGAGACAUGAGUGAUGAGUACAGCAGGAUACAAAGUUAUCAAGCUGUUAAAGAACAUUUUCCAAAUCAAACCCCUAUUAAAUUGGCCUGGGCAGGAUUCUACUAUGUGGGCCCAAAGGAAAAGGUCCGGUGCUUCUCCUGUGGUGGGGAAAUGGAUGAAUGGUGGUCAAGGGAAGAUCCCCUCACUGAGCAUCAUCGCAGGUUCCCCCAGUGUCACUUUAUCCUGGGCAGAAAAGCUGUGAGUAAUGACCCUUAUACAAUGACUGAGAUGCUAAAAGGCUUAACCAAUCAGCAAUCACAGCCAACUGGGACAGCUGCACCAUCACAGGAUGGACCCGUUUCUCCAGAGGGGAAUCCUCCAGGAGGACUGGAAGAAAGACCUGUUGGAGCAAUGGAAGAGGGAGCUGCUGGAGCAAUGGAAGAGGGAGCUGCUGGAGGAAUAGAAGAGGGAGCUGCUGGAGGAAUGGAAGAGGGAGCUGCUGGAGGAAUAGAAGAGGGAGCUGCUGGAGGAAUGGAAGAGGGAGCUGCUGGAGGAAUGGAAGAGGGAGCUGCUGGAGGAAUGGAAGAGGGAGCUGCUGGAGGAAUUAAAGAGGGAGCUGCUGGAGGAAUGGAAGAGGGAGCUGCUGGAGGAAUGGAAGAGGGAGCUGCUGGAGGAAUGGAAGAGGGAGCUGUUGGAGGAAUGGAAGAGGGAGCUGCUGGAGGAAUGGAAGAGGGACCCGUUGGAAGAGUAGCAGAGGGAGCUGCUGGAGGAAUGGAAGAGGGAGCUGCUGGAGGAAUGGAAUUAGAAUUGAGAGAACAAGAAGAGGAGCCCUACAGCUGGCCCAAAGCAAGCACAAUGGAAUGCGAGCUCUGUGGGAAGAUCCCUGCUGCAACACCAGCCUUUCCUAUAAUAGACAAGAGAAAAUACAGGUUAGAUCUGCCCCAUGGAGGUCUCUUCCACUGUUGUGAGACAGGAAUCAUGUUUCACGUUCCUUCACCUUCUGUCAUUGAAUUUAUGCUCAGCUCUUGGAGAGAUUCUGCGCUGCAACGCCGAUAUGAUGCGGUUGGUCCUGUUUUUGAUGUGAAAGUAAUAUCUGGCUUGGUGUCAGCAGUCUAUCUGCCUCACUAUGUGUGUCUGAAAGCUGGAAACAUCCAUGUCAGCCAAUUCAAAAUCGCUCAUUAUAUAGAUGACAAUGUGGUACUGGAAUCACCAACAAGCAUUGAACCUUUUUACGUAGUCCUGGAAGAUCCCACCUUCUCCCCAGUGGGGGUGGUUCUAUUACGGGCAAUGACUAAAAUAUUUAAAGUAAAGACUCGGAUCCAUGGAGUGGUCCAUCUGUAUUGCAGCUACAGAACAGGUUAUACCAUUCACCUCCACUUCAUGCCGCACGACCGCUCAUUACACGAGGCUGUUAAAGAUGAAGAGAAAGAACAUGGAUUUCAUUUUAUUAGCAAACCUUAUAGGACCAGCGCGGUGUUUACUGCAACUGACUACACAGUGACGGCACCGGACUAUGCAACAAUAAGACCAGAUAAUAUUCCAAUUCGUUUUGAUGGAGAUUUCUCUGAAAUAUAUAUACCUUCAUCUAAAAUGGAAGAAGAGAUCGAAAUUUCCUUGAAACCAGGUUUGGAAACAGAAACCAACUCAGUAUGGGGCGCUACAGUGAGGAGAGAGGAUCUUGGUUCAAGGUCACAGGAGGCUUCUGGCUGUAAUCACUUUAUAGAUAGUAACCGAUCAGCUUUGAUUGACAGAAUGUCCGUCCCCACUAUUAAUGCUGUUCUGGAUGAGCUACUGAGCAAGGAGAUCCUGAAUGAUGAGCAGUACAGCACUGUGAGGAGCAAGAAACUCUCCCAGGAGAAGAUGAGGGAGCUUUAUAGCUGUGCCAAGUCCUGGAGGCACCAGGAUAAGGACAUGUUCUUUUUCCUUCUGUCAAAACACAAUAAAUCACUUGUUAUGGAUCUCAUGAAAUACUCAUUAUCAGCAACAACAGCAACAGCUAAAGCUGCCUCUCUGCCCUACAUACCCAGCAACUCUCCCAAGUAUAGAAGCCAGCCUAACAUGUCGCAUCAGCAAAUCAGUAUCCUGGGGAAGGAGGAUUAUGUGGAACCAGUGCUGGGAACUAAGCUGCUCCCGAUUAAAAUCUCUGUCAACAAAUAUAAGAGCAGGGGGCCUCCAGAUCCAAGGGAUAUUGACAUGCAAAGUAAAUCCAAAGGCCAGCCAGGCCUGGGCUCCAACAUAUUAAUGGAGAAACCCCUUGGGGACAUGAGUGAUGAGCGUCGCAGGUUGGAGACUUUCCGGGGGAACAGUGAUUAUUUCCCAUAUUACAGGCAGCUGAUAAUGAUGGCCCAGGCAGGAUUCUUUUAUGUGGGACCUGGGGACCUAGUAAAAUGCUUCAUUUGUGGGGGGGAAUUAGGUCAAUGGGAGAGCUGGGAUGUGCCCCUCACCCGGCACCAACACUCAUUCCCUGACUGCCUCUAUGUGCAAAAGCUAGCAGCUGAAGGGGUUGGGAUACAGAAUCAGAAACAGAGCCAUACGGGGUUUAGUAAAGAGAAAUGUUUGAUAACUGAGCCCCCCAACAUUCUGGGGAAGAAAUCCCAUGAUGAUAUGACCAACAUGUAUAGCAGGGCAGAUACUUACCGGGGGCACCAUAAACAUUUCCCCUAUAUGAAAGAGUGGGACUUGGCCCAGGCAGGGUUCUACUAUGUGGGACCUGGGGACCUAGUAAAAUGCUUCAUUUGUGGGGGGAAAUUAGAUAAGUGGGAGAGCUGGGAUGAGCCCCUCACCCGGCACCAACACUCCUUCCCUGAUUGUGCCUAUGUGCAGGAACAGAGGGCCCAGACCACUGGCACACAAGAUCAGUCCCAGGUGUGCCCAUUGCCAAUUAAAGAAGGGGAAAGUGGGAUACCAGCACACUAUAGUGGCUCCCACAACCCAGGGGAGAAACCCCUGGGGGAUAUGAAUGAUGAGUACAGUAGGUUAGAGACCUACAGGGGGCACAGGCAGUAUUUCCCUAUGGCAAACCAGAGGAAGUUGGCGCAAGCAGGAUUCUCCUAUGUGGGUCCUGGGGACCGGGUGCGGUGCAUCUCCUGUGGGGGGGAAUUAGAGAAGUGGGAGCGAUGGGAUGAACCCCUCACCCGGCACCAACACUCUUUCCCUCACUGCCCCUAUAUGCAGAAGCUGAGAGACAAGGGGAAUGGGAAACAGAAUCAGUCCAAGGUGUGCGCAGAGCCCAUUAAAGAAGGGGAAAGUGGAACAACAGUGCCCCUCAGCAGCUCCAGUAACCUGGAGGAGAAACCCUGUGGGUACAUGAGUGAUGAAUACAGCAGGUUAGAAUCCUACAGGGGGCACAGUCAGCAUUUUAAUUAUAGGAACCUACAGCGCUUGGCUAAGGCAGGUUUCUACUAUGUGGGGCCCAAGGACCGAGUGCGGUGUUAUUCCUGUGGGGGGGAGUUGGAGAACUGGAAGUUCUGGGAUGUUCCCCCCAUUCGGUACCAACGCUCACCUUCUGACUGCCUACAUCUACGUGAAUUGUUCCUCAGCACUACAUUUAUGGUAGGAAAACAGGUUAUAUUGGGUAUACUAGACCCCAGCAUCCCGCUGCUGAGACCCCUUGGAGAUGUGAGUGAAAUAAGCAUCAGAAUAGAAAGUUAUAAAGUUGCCAAGAAGCAUUUCCCCUAUCAAACUUCUGAUGAAUUGGCUUGGGCAGGGUUCUACUAUGUGGGACCCGGAGACCGUGUGCGGUGCUUCUACUGUGGGGGAGAAGUGGAUAACUGGAAGCCUGGGCAUGUGCCCCGCACAAGGCACAAAGUUUUCUUCCCUUGCUGCUCCUAUGUAAAGGGCCUCUCCAUCAGGCACAGCUACUUUAUGGAAGAAGGAGUUGGACCAGGUUUUCUGGACACCAACAUCCUGGGGAAGAAAGCCCUUCGAGACAUGAGUGAUGAGUACAGCAGGAUACAAAGUUAUCAAGCUGUUAAAGAACAUUUUCCAAAUCAAACCCCUAUUAAAUUGGCCCGGGCAGGAUUCUACUAUGUGGGCCCAAAGGACAAGGUCCGGUGCUUCUCCUGUGGUGAGGAAAUGGAUGAAUGGUGGUCAAGGGAAGAUCCCCUCACUGAGCAUCAUCGCAGGUUCCCUCAGUGUCACUUUAUCCUGGGCAGAAAAGCUGUGAGUAAUGACCCUUAUACAAUGACUGAGAUGCUAAAAGGCUUAAACAAUCAGCAAUCACAGCCAACUGGGACAGCUGCACCAUCACAGGAUGGACCCAUUUCUCCAGAGGGGAAUCCUCCAGGAGGACUGGAAGAAGGACCUGCUGGAGGAAUGGCAGAGGGACCUGCUGGAAGAAAGGAAGAGGGACCUGUUGGAGCAAUGGAAGAGGGAGCUGCUGGAGAAAUGGCAGAGGGAGAUGCUGGAGGAAUGGCAGAGGGAGCUGCUGGAGGAAUGGCAGGUGGAGCUGCUGGAGCAAUGGAAGAGGGAGCUGCUGGAGGAAUGGAAGAGGGACUUGUUGGAGCAAUGGAAGAGGGAGCUGCUGAAGGAAUGGAAGAGGGAGCUGCUGAAGGAAUGGAAGAGGGAGAAGCUGGAGGAAUGGAAGAGGGGGCUGCUGGAGGAAUGGAAGAGGGAGCUGCUGGAGGAAUGGCAGAGGGAGCUGCUGAAGGAAUGGAAGAAGGAGCUGCUGAAGGAAUGGAAGAAGGACCUGCUGGAGGAAUGGAAGAGGGAGCUGCUGGAGGAAUGGAAGAGGGAGAAGCUGGAGGAAUGGAAGAGGGAGCUGCUGGAGCAAUGGAAGAGGGAGAAGCUGGAGGAAUGGAAGAGGGAGCUGCUGGAGGAAUUGAAGAGGGAGCUGCUGAAGGAAUGGAAGAGGGAGCUGCUGGAGGAAUAGCAGAGGGAGCGGUUGGAGGAAUGGAAUUAAAAUUAAGAGAACAAGAAGAGGAGCCCUACAGCUGGCCCAAAGCAAGCACAAUGGAAUGCGAGCUCUGUGGGAAGAUCCCUGCUGCAACACCAGUCGUUCCUAUAAUAGACAAGAGAAAAUACAGGUUAGAUCUGCCCCAUGGAGGUCUCUUCCACUGUUGUGAGACAGGAAUCAUGUUUCACGUUCCUUCACCUUCUGUCAUUGAAUUUACGCUCAGCUCUUGGAGAGAUUCUGCGCUGCAACGCCGAUAUGAUGCGGUUGGUCCUGUUUUUGAUGUGAAAGUAAUAUCUGGCUUGGUGUCAGCAGUCUAUCUGCCUCACUAUGUGUGUCUGAAAGCUGGAAACAUCCAUGUCAGCCAAUUCAAAAUCGCUCAUUAUAUAGAUGACAAUGUGGUACUGGAAUCACCAACAAGAGUUGAACCUUUUUACGUAGUCCUGGAAAAUCCCACCUUCUCCCCAGUGGGGGUGGUUCUAUUAUGGGCAAUGACUGAAAUAUUUAAAGUAAAGACUCGGAUCCAUGGAGUGGUCCAUCUGUAUUGCAGCUACAGAACAGGUUAUACCAUUCACCUCCACUUCAUGCCGCACGACCGCUCAUUACACGAGGCUGUUAAAGAUGAAGAGAAAGAACACGGAUUUCAUUUUAUUAGCAAACCUUAUAGGACCAGCGCGGUGUUUACUGCAACUGACUACACAGUGACGGCACCGGACUAUGCAACAAUAAGACCAGAUAAUAUUCCAGUUUGUUUUGAUGGAGAUUUCUCUGAAAUAUAUAUUCCUUCAUCUAAAAUGGAAGAAGAGAUCGAAAUUUCCUUGAAACCGGGUUCGGAAACAGAAACCAACUCAGUAUGGGGCGCUACAGUGAGGAGAGAGGAUCUUGGUUCAAAGUCACAGGAGGCUUCUGGCAGGAAGCACUUUAUAGAUAGUAACCGAUCAGCUUUGAUAGACAGAAUGUCCGUCCCCACCAUUAAUGCUGUUCUGGAUGAGCUACUGAACGAGGAGAUCCUGAAUGAUGAGCAGUACAGCACUAUGAGGAGCAAGAAACUCUCCCAGGAGAAGAUGAGGGAGCUUUAUAGCUAUGCCAAGUCCUGGAGGCACCAGGAUAAGGACAUGUUCUUUUCCCUUCUGUUAAAACACAAUAACUCGCUUGUCAUGGAUCUCAUGAAAUACUAGAGGAUUGCCCUCAGCCCUUCAGGAGUUGGAUUCAAGACUGGAAGAAUGCCUUCAGCACCUCAGGAGUUGGAUUCAAUACUAGAAGAAUGCCCUCAGCCCUUCAGGAGUUGGAUUCAAUACUAGAAGAAUGCCCUCAGCCCUUCAGGAGUUUGAUUCAAUACUAGAAGAAUGCCCUCAGCCCUUCAGGAAUUGGAUUCAAGACUAGAAGAAUGCCCUCAGCCCUUCAGGAGUUGGAUUCAAGACUAGAAGAAUGCCAUCAGCCCUUCAGGAGUUGGAUUAAAUACUAGAAGAAUGCCCUCAGCCCUUCAGGAGUUGGAUUCAAUACUAGAAGAAUGCCCUCAGCCCUUCAGGAGUUGGAUUCAAGACUAGAAGAAUGCCCUCAGCCCUUCAGGAAUUUGAUUCAAGACUAGAAGAAUGCCCUCAGCCCUUCAGGAGUUGGAUUCAAGACUAGAAGAAUGCACUUAGCCCUUCAGGAGUUGGAUUCAAUACUUGAAGAAUACCCUCAGCCCUUCAGGAGUUGGAAUCAAGAUUAGAAGAAUGCCCUCAGCCCUUCAGGAGUUGGAAUCAAGACUAGAAGAAUGCCCUCAGCCCUUCAGGAAUUGGAUUCAAGACUAGAAGAAUGCCCUCAGCCCUUCAGGAAUUGGAUUCAAGACUAGAAGAAUGCCCUCAGCCCUUCAGGAGUUGGAUUCAAGAAGUUGGAUAUUCAAGAAAGUGAAUAUCUUGGCCAUAGUUUUGCCUCCCUGGCAGCACCCAUGCUCAUGCUUACAGAUUCCUGUAUAUUAUUUUUAUCCUACAGAUUUUUUUUGCACAAUUUAUUACAGUACAGUAUUGCAAUUAGACAGAGUUGCAAAAGUAUUCUGCCCCUGAAGCAUAUGAUAUAGACUGUAGAAGAGCAAUUAUUAUGUAUUAUAAAUUAUUUUUUUACCUUCUAGCGUCCACUCUUUGUCAGGGGGCCUCAGUUCCCACGUGUACUCAUUUGAAAUCUCAGAGUGACCCAGUUCUGUAGCUGCUGGUUCCUCACCCCAGGAAGACUCUAUACUGAUAGACUGAUAUACCUCAUUAUGGUCUGUACUCUCCUAACUAUUACCCUUAGUUUAAUGAGAAUUUAGAUGAUCAUCUCACAGUUUUAAACCUAAGCACAGGUACCAAAGCCAUUACCCAGGCGUGAACCCAAGUCCAGGUGCUGAUACUAUUACUUGUCCUUAGAGUUAUGUGCAAAGCUACAGCCAUCACCCAGCCUUGAACCUAAUCAAAAGUGGGGCACCCAUGGAUCUAGUUUCUUUGUUCAGUAUAAAAGGGUUUUGAAGUAGACAUAGGAUUACAAAGAAUUGCAGGGAUUAAGAAACUCAAUGGAGUAGAAAGUCCAUCACCCCGACAUAAACAAUAAACUAAAUGAUUAUCACAAUGCCAUCUUAAUAUUUUCAAUUAAUAGAGGUUCCUAAAGGAUAGGUUUAGUGUCAUACUGAUCUACCAGGAGACCAGUAAACUUUUACCUGGACCAACGGCAAAAAACAGUUCUCCAUGAACUUUUAUGGUGCUUGUGUUGCUCUCCAAUCUUUUUACAUUUGACUGUGGCUCCCAAGUAAGAAAGGUUGGAGAUCCCUGCCCUAAGGUGUGUACUAUUCUUUGCUGGUUUAAAGGGUAACAUGACUCAGAUGCCAAAAGCCAUCCACGGGAAAGAAGAUCCCAGUGAAGACUACUGUGUGUAACAUUUUGUUGCUAUUGGUUGUACAUUUUAGAAUUUUUUUAUUGAUUGUAUAUAUUUAUAUAUUAGAAAAUAUAUCUAUUUUAUGGGCUAUACCUUGGUUUCCUCUUUUACUAAAUCCCUAAGAUGACAAUAUGUAUGAAUAAUUUUUUUAAUGCAUUUAUUGGUACCUUCUAAUACUGUAAUAAAUCAGUUGUCUCA